AUGGCAAUAGCAAAAGAAACACCAUCAGCAACAGCUGAAGCAACUCCUCCAUCAGUAGAACCAGUUCCUACAGCAGCAGCGCCAUCUCCCACACCAGCAGUAGUAGAUCCAACUCCUUUACCAGUAAUAGCAGAAACAACUUCUCCACCAGCAGCAACUAAACCAACUUCUCAACCAGCAGAAACAGAACCAGCUCCUCCUCCAUCAUCUUCAGGGGUAGCAGAAAAGAAUAGAUCAGUCACAGUAAGUAAAGUAUCACCUUUGUCUCAUGAUGAAGUGGCACCAAAUGAUUUGGGAAAACAUGUUCUUAUAAAACUUGUUGACAGUGAAGUGAAAGAAACUUCCAACUGUGUUUCAAGCAGACCCAAAAAAUUACAAAAGAGAAAUGAAGAUGUUUUUAUGGAUUAUUCCUAG